AUGAUUGUCUCGAGGGCCUACCUGCUCAGCUGGGUAGCAGCAGUUGCGAUUGCUUCACCAGUCGAUGUUGGAACUCCUUUCAGCUGGAGAAAUACGGAAUAUGUACUCACAUUCGGCGACUCUUAUACAUUCGUCCAAGGAACCGAAGGUCGCUGGGCAUACAGCUUCAUCGGAUCCCAGCUGAACAUCUCUUUCACACCCGAGCAGCUCCUCGGUGACCGCAUUGUUCCGGGGCAGAACACGUCUUCUGCCGGCGGGCCUAAUUGGGUUCAAGAGCUCACUGGCUGCAGAGAGGGCCACCCUCGGGACUGCGAGAAGCAAUUAUGGGGAUUUGCAUACGCCGGAGCUGAUAUUUCGACUAACUUCGUGCCGCUGCACUGGAAUCAUACCAUCUCGUAUGAGAAGCAGGUCGAACAAUGGGAUACCUACGGCAAGUCGGUUAUUAACGCCGAUCCGACCAAGUCACUCGUGGCCUCCUACAUUGGAAUCAAUGACAUCAACGACAUGGCCAAUUUCCAGUUCCCUAUCAACGGGCUGAACAGCUGGGAUGAAUUGUACACUGCAGUCAUCGCGGAGCAGUUUGCAGCCUUGGAGACGGUAUAUGAAGCCGGGCAUCGCAACUUCCUGUUCUUGAACUUACCUCCGCUCGAUAAGAACCCCGCAUCGCAACUCAACCCAGCCCGUCUCCCAAACACAGACAUGAUCAAGACAUUCAACGGCGUAGUCAACCAGACCGCAAAGGCGUUCUCAGAGAAGCACCCUGACGCGACUGCGUUGGUUUUCGACACGUACAGCUGGCUUACACAAGUUUUUGAUAAUGCGGCAUCGUACGGGUUCACCAAUACGAGCUCUUUCUGCCCUAGCUACAAGGCCUGGGAUAUCGAUACAAACUAUGCCGCAUACGGGUGUCAGCCGAUUUACGAGUACUUCUGGUAUAAUUCGGGUCACAUUACAUACCAUGUGCAUGAACUUCUGGCACAAAAGGUCAAGGAGUUCCUAGUUCAGAAGAGCGCCAGCGGAUGCGGUGGGAAGAAUCAGACGCUAAGUGCGUGGGGGACAAGAUGGAUCGGCGGAGAGUCAACCUGA